UACAUUUAUCUUUCCGCGGGUAGAAUCCCUAAUACUAGGAAACUUAAAAGAACUUAGAACUUUCUACCCCGGAAUGCACAUUUCAGAAUGGCCCAAUUUAAAGACGUUGAAAGUGUCUAGCUGUGACAAACUACAAAUGUCCACUUUAGAAUACAAGGUUGUUUUACCCAAUUUGGAGGCCUUAGAACUGCAUGGAAUCAAUACCGAAAAUAUCUCUCAACUUUUGGACACAUCUUCCGGCCCCCGAAAAUUGACCCGUUUGAUCUUGAGGAACUGUGAAAAACUAAAAUACGUAUUUCCAUUUUCUAUGAUCAAAAGCUUCGAGCAGCUCCAACACCUCGAGAUAAGCACUUGUAAAGGACUAAAGGAGGUUGUUACCAAAGAAGACGGUGAAGAAAGAAUUGCUAAAUUUGACUUUCCGCAUGUAGCUUUCUUAAAACUUAAUGACUUGCCAGAGCUUACAACUUUUUGCCUUGGGAUACCUACUUUAGACUGGCCCUGGCCCAAGUUAAAGAAGCUGGAAGUGUCCGAUUGUGACAAAUUACAAAUGCUGCCUUCAGAAAAUAAGGUAUGAGCCCUUAUAUACAAAUUACAAAAGAUGCCUCUUC